ACAACAUAUUGCCGACCAAUUAGAUGUCACAUAGCGAUUUGCGCGUACUAGGCAAAAAGUUAUGGGCAACAAGGACACCUGCCAAGCUCACUCCAAACACCUUCAUAAAAUAAAAAAUACACCUACAAUUUUCAUGUUUCAUGACUUCGCAAAAUUCCCAUCAUUCACCUCCAUUAUCAUCUAACGCUUACAGUUCUUUUCUGCACUUGCUAAUUUUUCUCUUUCUCUCUCCUAAAAUUAUUGUUUUCAAUUUCACUUUCUACCAAUGAUGCUAAGAACUAAGCUUUGUGUUCGUAAUAAUGUUCCAAUUUUAGGGUUUGGUCCUUCUUCAUCUUCGGAUCAAUCUAAUGUGUUAAGUCAUUCAUUAUCGUUUCCUAAUUCUUGUCGAUUUUCUUUGCAAUUUUUAGCCCUUUCAAACCCUAGAAAAUUUCAUAAAUCCGCUUUUAUGAAAUGUAAAAGUCACUCUCAUGGUAGAUUUUAUCCCGAAUCACAUCACCAUCAACCUGAUGAUGAGUAUUUAGAAGCUUCCCUAUUGAUUUCAGAGACUGUGAAGCAUUACCAUUUGCGAAAGCAAGGAUUUCUAGAGGUCAAAAGGGUUUCUCGACAAUCUGCUCCUUUCCCUACUCAAGUGAAAGAUCGUAAAACCGAUGUCAACGCCAUUGGAUUAAACAUUCUUCGUAGUUUUCGGCAUCCAACUAUUUUUCUUAAGAUAUCUUGUCAAGGAGACUUUUUGCUUCCCAUUGUUGUAGGAGAGUUUGCUGUUGAGAAACUUAUUGAUUCCUUAAAUGAGGAUGAUCAUGGGGAUUACUCAAAUCAGUUCCAAUUUUUGAGAAAUCUUAUGGUUGGACUUGAAAAUGAGGUGAGGAUGGUGAAAAUUACCAAAAGGACGGUCGACACUUACUUUUCCAGAGUAUAUUUUGGCAAAGUUGGAGAGAGGGAAAAUUUUAGUGUCGAUGCACAACCAUCAGAUGCUAUCAACUUAGCCCAAAGAUGUAAGGCCCCAAUAUUCAUAGAUAAGCAAAUUGUCCUCAUGGAUGCUAUCAGGAUUAGCUAUGGGACCGGCAGAAUUCGUGAUAAAAAACCUAUCUAUGACGUAUUAUUGGACAGCCCCAUGGACGGUCCAGAUCCGUUGGCUGAGGAAUUUAAUCUUGUGCUGAAUAUGAAGUUAGCAGCGCAAGAAGAAAGGUACAAUGACGCAGCAAUGUGGAGGGACAAACUUUUAAAGCAUUCUAAUUCUAGAAUUCAAAUAUCACAACCAAAAAACUGGCUCGAGUCACCGAUCCCAGAUUUGCCUUGAUUGAAACAUUAAAGGAGAAACUGACCAGAUAUAUUCGAUUAUGGUGCAAUCAACAGAUAAGGCAUCACAUCCUAGAAAUAAUUGUGAUGUUUCUGUGCUAACAGGAAAAAGCAUACUUAGGAGUUGUACAGGUUAUUUUUAUGAUUAGUUUUCUUAUUUAGCUGUAAAUAUUUUUUAGCUGUAAAUAUUUUUUAAAUAGUUCACAAGUAAGCCUAUAGGUCGUUCGAACCUCAUAUAUCGUGUUUUAUAAGAAUCAGAAAUUUACAGGUGGUGUGCUGACUGUUAUGGAAAUUGUAUUCCUGUUUAUAGUGAAUGGUUUGCCAAAAGUAGGAUUUUAUUGAUGAAUC